AUGGGUAACAAUAACUCGCAUUAUGAGCAUCAGCUUCAUGAAGAGCGGGAAAGGAGUCGAAGGCAGCAUGAGGCGGCCGAAAACCACAGGCGAUGGCUUGAAUCUGAAAGGGACAGAAUUGCGGCCGAGAAGGAAAGAGAGCUAGAAGCGCAGCGGCACGCACAAGCGGAGAAGGCGAGAGCCCUGGCCUUGCAGCACCAGGAGGAGAUGAAGAGGGCACAGGAGGAGAGGGAUAGGAUACAGCAAGAAAAGGAAAGAGCGGUGGCUGAGAAACAUGCAAACGAGUUGAGAUUGAUCGAAGAACAAGCGAGGAAGCAGGCGGAACAUCAGCAGGAGUUGCAAAGAGCGCAGGAGGAAAGGGAGAGGUUACAGGCUGAGAAUCAUGAGAGGGAGAUGAAAAGGAUUCAGGCAGAAAAGGAAGAGGAAAUCCGCAGAGGAGAAGAGGAGUUGAAGAGGUUAGAGGAGGCUCAUAGGGUGCAGGAGGAACUGCGCGCGCUCCAGGAGCAGAUGAGGUUGGAAGAAGAAAAAAAGAAGAUGGAGGAACUGGCGAGAAAAACAGAGGAAGAAGCGAGGAAAAGGGUCGAGAAAGAAAUCUACUUACGAGAAGAAGCCGAAAGAAACCUGCAGGAAGGGAUUCCGCCCGUUAAGUAUCCUACUGGCGAGGAGUUUCAUCUUAUGAGACAAAAGCUUGGAUAUCAGGAAGGCUACUUGCAUAUCGCUAUCACGGGCUGUUCUGGAUGUGGAAAAUCCUCAUUGAUCAAUGCUCUUCGUGGUCUCAAGAAUUCAAAUUCCCCCAAGGGGGGUAUCGCCAAAACCGGAACCAGCGAAACGACUACAGAAAUCGAACGAUAUUACGAUCCAGAUUCUUCUCGACAGUGGUUGGCCUGGUACGACGUACCUGGAGCUGGCACUGUAAAUAUCCGUGACUGGCAAUAUUUCAACGACCAAGGAUUGUACAUCUUUGAUGUCAUCAUAGUUGUAGCUGGCGAUCGCUUUACCCAGACGGACGUGGAGCUUCUAUUUCAUUGUAAACGCUUCGGUAUAACUGCAUUCGUUGUACGAUCAAAAUCGGAUCAACAAAUCGGGAAUCUCAUGGAGGACGACGACGGCGACAGCGACGACGAAGGUGACAACGAGGAGAGGAAGAGGAAUCGUUUAUUAGAAGCCCGUGGUAGGUAUAUUGCUGAUACGCGCAAUAAUUUCCAAGCCCUUUUGCAACAAGUCGGCCUUCCGCAACAGAAGGUUUAUAUCGUGUGUAAGAAUGCCCUCCGAUCUCUAGUGAAGGACUCAAAGAAAGCGGAUGUCAUCGACGAAGUGGACCUCAUGAGAGAUUUGACUCAAGUAGCGAAAGACAAGUGUCAGAGUUUUCUUCAAUGA